AUGGGUGAAUACUGGAGAGCACUUUCGUUCCACGAAAAAGCACUUGACAUCCGUCAAAAAACUCUCCAUUCGAAUCGUCCGGAUAUUGUUACUUCCUACAACAAUAUUGGAUUGACAUAUUCUAACAUGGACGAAUAUUUGAAAGCACUUUCUUUCUGUGAACGCGCUGUUGCACUUGGACAACGUUCAUUAUCUCCAAAUGAUCCUAAUCUUCAAGCAUUUCGAAAUAAUCUCGAUUGUGUAAAAAAAAAAUUAUAA